UCAGCCAUCGUUCAGUAGACCGCGCUUUGAAGAAGGUUUUAACACACCACUGCGAUGCUCUGACUGAACUGCCCCCUCAUUCUCGACCAUUUCUCAAGCAAAACCCCACCUGGACCUCCCAAAGACAAAAAUAAAAAUGCAAGACAAUAAACCCGAAAUCGCCACCAAAAACUCUAAGAAGGCCAAUCUCUUAGACCACCACUCUAUCAAGCACAUCCUCGACGAGUCCGUCUCCGAGAUUGUAACGAGUCGUGGAUAUGUGGAAGACGUGAGGAUGAGCAAUAUACGAUUGUUGAUGGGCACGAUUAUAAUCAUCAUUGCUCUGGCGGCUCAGUUUUACAAGAAAAAGUUUCCUGAGAACAGGAAUUUUCUCAUCGGCUGCAUCUUAUUGUAUAUAGUCUUCAAUGGGUUAUUGCAGCUGAUCAUCUACACAAAGGAGAAGAAUGAAAUUCUGUUUACUUAUCCCCCUGCGGGAUCCUUUACCAGUACAGGCUUGGUGGUGUCUUCCAAGCUGCCGAGAUUUUCUGAUACGUACACACUUGGCAUAGUGAGUGCAGAUCCUAAAUCUAUUUCUGCAAAUCAACCAGUACAGUUAACCAAAAGUGUUACUCAAUGGUUCACAAAGGAUGGAGUUUUGGUGGAGGGUCUAUUCUGGAAAGAUGUUGAAGCCUUAAUUAAUGAAUAUGCAAAAGAACCAAAGAAGAGCAAGUGAAUUGAAGCUUCAGACAUUGUCUGAUCGGGCAUUGGUUCAGAACUCUAGUCAUCUUUUGACGUGAAUCCAGAUGUUCCUCAGUGAUAUCAUGGUUUUUGGCAUUGAGAGAACCAAACAAAUUGAAUUAAAAUGGCCGUUUGUGGUGCAUGAGUCAGAUCGUUUUCACUAAACAGUUAUUUCUUUCUAGUUGAAAAUUUUACGUCCAAUCCAAUGCUGAGAAUGGAUCUAGAUAAGGAUCAUGCACAAUAGCUAGGUAGAUUUUUUGUUAGUAAAAUCGUACGCGUUCUUUCCAUCUGGCUUUUUUCUUGCUUCCUAAAACUUAGAAAUAUGUGAUGGUGUUGUCAGUUGUUUACCGUGUGCUGGUUUGAUGCUGUCUUUUACCAGAUCCGAGUUUUGGUUUGUUACGAUUUCUUAUUGUAUGUUUUGACGAUGCCGCCGAUUGUUGGGCCAAUGUUCUGGAGAAGGACAAACUUCGAGACUUGGGCUUGUCUACAGGAAGUGGUUAUUUCUCUAUUUUUACUCAAUACUGAUUUCCUAGCUAUGCUUUUUGUACAAAGAGUGUGCAAAAAUCAUUGUAUCAGGCAAA